UAAGACUUAAACUUUGUCAUUUACACCAAGUUGAUCUACUGUUUUUACUUUCACUAUGAAGCUUCCUUUAACACUUGCGGCACUUGUGGCCUUGGCAUCCGCCCAAAAAGAGAUGUGUGCACAAUAUGAUCAGGCCGAGAGUCCUCCGUACAGAGUGGCCAACAACCUCUGGGGCAAGGACUCCGGUUCCGGCUCCCAGUGCGUCUACGUUGACAAAAUCUCGAGCUCUGGUGUUGCAUGGCACACUACCUGGGAUUGGAGCGGUGGUGAAGGCAGUGUGAAAAGCUAUUCCAACUCCGGAGUCGACUUCGAGAAGAAGCCCGUGAGCGAGGUUGGCAGUAUCCCCACCGACGUGGAAUGGAGCCAGGAUAAUACCAAUGUCAAUGCCGAUGUGGCGUACGACUUCUUCACUGCCGCGGACAAGAAUCACGCCACAUCAAGCGGCGAUUAUGAACUGAUGAUUUGGCUCGCACGCUACGGCAGUAUCCAGCCCAUUGGCUCCAAAAUUGAUUCCACUGAUAUUGCAGGCCAUACAUGGGAACUGUGGUACGGCACCAGCAUCCAGGCAGGCGCCGAGCAAAAGACAUUCAGCUUUGUCUCAGGAACCCCGAUCAAUUCGUUCAGCGCAGACCUCAAGCCAUUUUUUGACUAUAUCACAUCUAAGCACGAUUUCCCUGCUUCUAGCCAGAACUUGAUCAAUCUGCAGUUUGGAACCGAGCCGUUCACUGGCAAGGCCACUUUCACUGUUCCCAAUUGGACUGCCAGUGUCAACUGAAAUAUGGAAACCUCCGGUCCUAUUUCUCAAUAGGUCUCGUAUCUCUCGGUGUACUUGGACAGCUCUCGGGGUGGUCGCAGGGAUGAAAGGCAGGUCUGAUGGAACUUACGAGGCCAAUAGUUACUGCUACUUCAAGCGUAAAGGUAGCAUUUGAUACCUUCAUUUGCUCCAUGAAAGUAGACUAAAUAAGGCAGUUAGUGAGACCCAAGAACAAAGUAAGACUCCGAUUUAUACUUCAGAGUAAUAAUGUUACAGUAG